AUGCGUUGCGCAGUUGCCGCAGCUUUCUUCGCGGCCGGUGCCCACGCCGCCGCUGUUACGCCUCUUGCUGCUCGAGCGACUUCUUCAAGCUCCUCUGGAGGCUGGGAGACACGGUACACUGCCACCGGUACUGCUGCCGUUGCGGCUGCUGCUGCCACGGCCAAGACCAGCAGUCCGACGAGCAACGUCAAGGGCAAGGCUUUCGACCGCUUUGUAAUUAUCUGGAAUGAGAACACGGAUUAUGACAAGGCUAUCGGUGAUCCCAACUUUGCAUGGCUCGCCAAGAAGGGCAUCACACUGUCGAACAACUUUGCUGUCACUCAUCCCUCUGAGCCCAAUUACUUUGCAUCGGUUUCUGGAGAUUAUCUGGGUAUGAACAACGAUAACUUUAAUCGCGCCGACCGCAAUGUUUCUACAGUGUUUGAUCUUCUUGACACUCGAGGAAUCUCGUGGGCGGCCUACCAGGAGGACAUGCCGUUCUCUGGCUUCGAAGGCAUGGCCUGGAUAAACCAAACCAAUGGAGCAAAUGAUUAUGUCCGCAAACACAACCCGCCAGUCUUCUUUGACAGCGUCACCAGUUCGGAGCAGCGUCUGUCCCAGAUCAAAAACCUGUCCACUGUCUCCCCGGAGCGAUCACAGUUUCACAAAGACCUUAAGGCCAACAAGCUGCCUCAAUGGAUCUUCGCAACCCCGUCGAUGUUGAAUGACGGCCACGAUUCCUCUGUCACUGUUGCCGGUGCUUGGAAUAGGAAAUUUCUUGAGCCGCUGCUCGAAGACAAGAACUUCAUGAACAACACAUUAGUUUUGGUCACUUGGGAUGAGAAUGAGACGUACACACAGAAGAACCGCAUCCUUGGUAUCCUUUUGGGAGACGCAGUCCCUCAAGAGCUUGUUGGCACGACGGACUCAAAUUUCUACAACCACUACUCGGAGCUCGCCACAGUCGAGGCCAACUGGGACCUCCCAACACUCGGAAGGUGGGAUGUCGGCGCUAACGUCUACAAGUUUGUUGCGGACAAGACCAAUAGCGUUAUACGCCAGUGGAGCAACACGUCAACGGUGCCUGAUCGCUACUUCAACCUGUCGUAUGCUGGAUUCUUUCACUCCAAGACGCCGAAGCAGUACCCCAAGCCCAAUUUGGCUUUGGACGAGAAUGCGGCGGGCAGGAAGAUUCUCGAGUCCAUCAAGGCGACGUGGAAAGACAGCAAAGCUCCUACUUACUACGAGGAUACGGUCCAGGUUUCGGAUGGCCUUAACCCGCCUCCUGGUUAUAAGGCGUAA